AGCCGCUGCGCCGCCUUUGCGACCCACGACCGGCACCGCGCGGCGCUGGCGACCAGCGGGGCGAUCUUGGUCCUCCGGCCUCCGCUUGCUAUUCUCUGUCUCCCUCCCUUUGCUCGACCGAGCAGGUGAUGGAACAAUGAAGGACACCAAGGGAAAGACCUUGCAGGGAAAAGCGGAGGACUUUGAACCCCAAGUGGAGCUGCAUUUCACCAUAUUGGAAGAAUCAGAAGGGGGUAUUUCUCAGGGGAAACUCUGGCACUGUGAGAUCGAUGCGGAGCUACAACCUGAGAGCUCCUGUCAGCCCGAGCUGGAUGAUGAGUUACUUUAUUCGGAUCAAUCACCGUCCUCGCCAGAAAUACAGCCGGUACUCCCGGAACCCGACAGGGGAACCCGGGACAGAAGAGUGGAAAUGUACCCCAAGCAAGGUUCUGAGCAGCAGGUUGAGCUGCACUUUACAAUCCUGGAGGAGUCUGAAGGGGGCAUUUCUGAAGGUAAACUCUGUGCAAGUGAGAUAGGACGGGACGAGCCACCGGAGGUGAGCUACCCGGAACGGCCAUGGGAUGGGUGUGUUCAGUGGAGUGAGAAAUCUGGCCAGCCGUCAGGUGUGGAGAAGAAGUCUCUCCCGGCUGAGGGCAGACUGGAAGCAGAUACUAAAGGGGCAGCCCUUCAGCCAGAGAGUUCUGAUCAGCAGGUAGAACUCCAUUUUACCAUUUUUGAUGAUCCUGAGGAAAGAAGCCUUUCUCAGGGGCCAGAGGACUAUCCUGUCUGGGAAAGCCCGUUUAAACCAGCGAUUUAUCAAGGUGACUAUCCAAAAGAAGUUUGGGAUGCAUCCAUUGACAGCCUGGGAGAUGUCUUCGAAGCCUCUUUCCAACAGCAGUUCUACUCCGGAGGAAGAAUGUACCCUUGUACAGAGUGCGGGCGAGUUUUCAACAGGAAGUCCACCCUGACGCGACACUGGCGGACCCACACGGGGGAGAAGCCGUACUCAUGUCUGUAUUGCGGGCGGAGUUUCAGCCUGAAUCUGAAUCUUCUUACCCAUCAGAUGACCCACACGGGAGAGAAACCCUACAAGUGUCCCGACUGUGGGCAGAGCUUCACCCGUAGCACAAGCGUCACCAGGCACCAGAGAAGCCACAGGGAGGAAAGCCUUUAUAAAAGUGACUUGUGGGAGGACUCCUUCUCAUACCCGUGCCCGGUCCCCUUCACCUAUCCAAUGCCUCCGGUGGAGGAGAGGUCCUUCGUGUGCCCAGUCUGCGGAGAGGCCUUUACUCACAGUGGGAGUCUCAAUAGGCACUUGCGAACACAUGGGGUGGAGAGGCCUUAUAAGUGCGUGGUCUGUGGGGAAGGUUUCUGUUCUAUGUCCAAGCUAUACCGGCACGAGAGAAUCCACAUGGUGGACAAGCCCUACCACUGUGAAAUCUGCGGGAAAAGCUUUGCCGUCAAGUCAACGCUGACCCGGCACCAGAUGCUCCACCAGGCCGAGAGGCCCUACAUGUGUUCCCACUGUGAAAAGGGCUACGUUCAGCGGAGCCACCUGGCCAGGCACCACCACAAAGCACACCCUGGGGUGCCCUUUAACCCUGUUAAAGCGAACAGUAUGCCGGCUACCAUUCUGGAUUCUGACAACUUAAUCACCUACUUCUGGGGAGACGAGGAAACAGACACUACCUCAGAGCCCGUUCCAACUCAGCUGAUCUAUUCUGGAGCAGACUGCUGAAGGAGCCUCAUCCUAGCUUGGAGUCCCUGUUCCCCAGAGAGAACCUCACUGAUCUCCCACCUCUUCUACUUGUCUUUCUUAGAUCUCCAUGCACUGGGUUGCUUUCAACCCUAGAGUCUGAAGAGGCAAAAUGGAUUUUUGUGGUAGAAAACCAAAAAACCAAGCUGGUUUUGUUGUGGACAGUCUUCGUGCCAAGAUUCCUUUCUUGCCUGGUUACUGUCACUCCAGUAACUGUUCCUGUCAAGCCCAUGCACCACCUCCCCAUCUACAGAGGAUAUGCCAUUGUUGCAGUGCUGUGUUCUG